UGGCAGACCAUCCGUAACCUCGGACCUAGGCGAGCGCGCGCGGGCGUUGCACGGUGCGCGGCCGCCUAGCCCGGUUCCCAAGCGCUCGCAACCGCGGGCUCGGAACCCGGGUUCUCGCUAAGCCUAACCCGACCCAAAGACUCGGUGACCACUCGACGAAUUAAAAGAAACAUCGCGUGGCGAGCACAUACGUACAUUGGCAUUCGGUUCAAUGUCAGCGUUCUAGUUUUCGCGUACCGGCGAACUUGGCCGCCGCUCCGGCGUGGUUGUGCGGAAACGUGCUUCGCCGGCGCGGUCGUGCAACCGGUGUGUAAUGUCUCGUAGGGUAAGCGGGGUAGGUGCAUGUUAAUCCUAGAAACUGAAAGGGGGGGGGGGGGGGGGUGACCGGGGGGUGAGGAAAUAGCGUUGUCUGGCUCCGUAGUGUCCCCGGAACAAAGUCUACAAAGAACAGGCAGCGGUGAACGCGAGGCGGGGGCAACCGUAGCAGACGUCGCCGUCACGUGGUGCAGGGGCGGGUGGGGAGGCAGGAACGGGUGACGUCAGGCGUCCUAUAAAUAGGAGCGGCCGCGCCUCCGGCGGACAACGUGUGCACUCGCUCCCAAGAUGCCGGCCAAGACCGCGGCCAAGUACACGUUCCUCCGGAGCGCCAUGGUGGUCGCCCGCCCGGACACCGUGGACGUCGAGGUCAAGAUCAAAAUGGGCGGCGAUCUGGGUGCACCGCAAAAGGCGGACAUUAACGCCAACGCGACGCCCCCGGAUGCCCCUGAUCCCUGGGCGCUCCCCGACCUCGAGGACCAGGGGGUCAAGUGGUCAGAUCUCACCUGCGGGGAGAAGGUGCAGCGGGUGGCGCUGGCGGUUGCCAAGGCAGCCUGCCUGCUGGGCCUGCUCUACCUGUUCAUCUGUUCACUGGACUUCCUCAGCUCGGCCUUCCGACUCGUGGGCGGCAAGACGGCGGGCAAGGUCAUGUCCCAGAACGAGGUCCUCAAGAACCCCGUGGUGGGGUUGAUGAUAGGCGUUCUCUCCACGGUGCUCGUGCAGAGCUCGUCUACGUCUUCGUCCAUCAUCAUCACCAUGGUCGGGGCAAACUUGAUCCAAGUGCGAGACGCCAUCCCGAUCAUCAUGGGGGCCAACAUCGGGACGUCGGUGACCAACACGAUCGUGUCACUGAUGCAGAGCUCAGAGCGGAACGAGUUCAGGAGGGCCUUCGCUGCGGCCACUGUCCACGACAUGUUCAACUGGCUCACUGUCAUCGUGCUGCUGCCCCUCGAGGUCGCCUUUGGUGUCUUGUACCACCUGACUAGUGCGAUCAUAAAUUCUACUAACUGGUCCACCAACAAGAACGCCAACCGGGACUUCCUGCAGGUGUUGACAAAGCCUUUUACGAGUCUUAUCAUCAAGCUCGACAAGAAAGUCAUCGAAAAGGUUGCAAUUGGGGACGAGACCUACUACAAUCAGUCUCUGAUCAAACGCUGCUGCAACCAGACCAAGGAUGGCUGCGCAGAACCAUGUCAUUUCGCUCUCGCGAGCCUGGAGUGGCAAGACAGCUUCGUGGGUCUUCUGCUGCUGGGCAUCUCGCUCCUCACACUCUGCGUCUGCCUGAUCCUCAUGGUCAAACUGCUUCACUCAAUGAUGCGCGGCCGCAUCGCAGUCGUCAUCAAGACGACCGUGAAUGCCGAGUAUCGCUUCCCGUACUCAGUGCUUGUCGGCUACAUCGCCAUCCUCCUCGGCUGCAUCAUGACCAUCUUGGUUCAGAGCUCGUCCAUCUUCACCUCCGCCCUGACACCGCUGGCUGGCAUCGGCGUCAUCAGCCUGGAGCGAAUCUACCCGCUCACCCUGGGCUCCAACAUCGGAACCACCACCACGGGUAUCCUGGCGGCUCUGGCUGCGGACUCGAGUCGCAUCAAGUACACUCUGCAGAUCGCCUUCUGUCACCUCUUCUUCAACGUGCUAGGCAUCUUGCUUUUUUACCCGCUUCCCUUCAUGCGGUUCCCCAUUCACAUGGCGAAGGCGCUCGGUAACACGACGGCCAAGUACCGCUGGUUCUCCAUCCUAUACCUGAUCUGUAUGUUCCUGCUCUUCCCGGCGGCCGUGUUCGGGCUGUCGAUGGCCGGCAUGGUCGUCUUCAUGGUGGUCAUCAUCCCAGUGUUUGUGGUGCUUGUGCUCGUCGUCAUCGUGAAUAUCGUACAGCGCAAGGCUCCGCACGCGCUGCCCGAGUGCAUGCGCACCUGGGCCUGGCUGCCCGAAUGGCUGCGCUCCCUGGACCCGCUUGACCGCGUCAUCUCGAGAAUUGUGGGCAGGUGCGCGUGCUGCCGCAGGAUUUGCCCGCCGCAGACUGCGCACGACGCGACCGUCCUGCCGGCCAUGCGGGAGGUGUCGUCCCAGAUGAACUUUGUCGAGUCGCGGAGGUCGUCCUGUCCGUCGGACUCGCAGUCUGACCUACAAGCGUUCGAAAACUCCGCCUUCAACUGGACUAAAGACAAACAGCCUGCCGCCACGUUCAUAACCCAGCUAUAACCCAGUGUGUCGGAACCUAUCAUAUCCCUGUACAUAGUUGCGCGCCAUCUGUACAUAGAUCUUCGUUUUUUACAUGUACAUCUAUUCCGCCGGUGGGAGAGGAGCCUUACGAGAAUAUGAAUGAAAGCCCCAAUGGACGCGUUAUCUACCGAUACGGAUCCAAAUAUCCGCGCCAUCGUAGAAAGUCUGUUCCUCUAGAUUCGUGAACUCUAGCGUGACGCAGCCUUGUCCCAUCGCUGAUGGAACGUCGCCCUGGCCGUGGCUCGCCGGUCUUUCACGUCGGCUUGACGUACAAACUUCGGACACUAGUCAGAGUUGUGCGAUUGAAAACGGGGGUGACCGAAGACCCUUAAUGAUGUUUUUGACCUUGACUCGUAGAGGGCGAGGCUUUAGAUGUCAGGGUACCAGAGGGUCAUCGCGUGAAUGCUGAGUAGUGCAAUCGGAGAGCGAGAGAGAGAGAGAGAUUGUUCCUUGCUUUGCCAGUGGUGCUCUGAAUUUGCGAAAUGCGGUGCCGAAGACCGCGUUUUUCCUUCAAUUGGAUAAGAUAGGGCUGCAAUGAUUUGUUCGAUAGCUUUUGGUGCUCGAAUUGCGAAGACUCCCAUCGUACGAGCCAUCGUUUUCCUCGCGCGGCCGGGACGAACUUUGUAACAGACUGCGUUGCCCAAAAAGCAUGUAGCCAAAAUAUAAGGAUGCCUUAAAUUACAAGCAUUGCGGACUUUGUUAUAUCCGAGCUAUGCCCGCAAAAUCAAAAUAGCGAAUGAUAGGCCGCCUUGUCUGGAAGUAAAAAUACAGACCAUCGAUCGUUGAGAUUGCGGGAGGGGGGAGAUGCGUACGUUCUGCAAGUCAAUCGGGGAAAAGAAAAACUGCUACGUACGUGCAUUUCGAUAUAUUCUUGUUUCAACUGCGGAAUGUCGAGGUACUUGUAGAAACUUCAGGAAAAAAAAAAAGAAAAACAGAAGACGCAAAAAGUAGCCGGACAAGCCCGGGCGGAGCGGAUUACGUGAGGCGACUGCUCGCCGCACCUCUUUCUCGCGCCCGCUCGUCGCCGCCUCCUCACACGGGGGACAUCGACAUACAUUCCAAGGCCUCGGGGUUCCCCUGUCUCAUUCCGCUCGUCGUUCUUGGAUAGCGCCGUUUAGAGAUCCAGUUUUCGUGGCCAGUACUGCGCCUGCCACAUCGCCUAGUGUUCUCUCUUUCGAAUCCUGGUCUGGUUGUAGGGACACCCUCGCCAACUAGGUAGCACGCCAGCUAGCCCCGAGGAACGUAGCCAAGCAUCUCUAGUGCCUCCUCUAGGAGGACAUCCGUAGACGAGAAAACGUCUUUAGCCAACUCCACGUCGUUCGCCUGUUUCUGGUGCCUGCAACUCGUGACGUGUCUGUCUUCCUCGUUAUGCGUCUUUUUUUAUAUAUACAUAGUAUAUGCAUGUUGGCGUGCGUGAGUGCAUCUGAGUUAGAGUAUGUGCUAACACUACUAUUUUGCGGAUUGGGUCGCUGUUCCCUCACAAUCACGCAAAAGGGGUACGUGCUCCGUACCGAGCUUUUGUACAUAGCCAAGACCCGAGCGUGUACAUUCUGUAGCCGGGAAAGAUGUCUGCUAGAUGACUGUUUAAGGGUCUUGGAAAAGGUCGUGCUUCGUAAAAUAGAAGACGCCUUAAGUGAUACGCCGAGGGAGAGGGCUCAUUGUAACUGAGUUGGCCCGGGAAACGUAGCGCUGUUAUCAAAGCUGGUUUGAUUCGCGUGCAGAAGAAUAAUCGAUGGACCCAAGAAGCAUCACGCGGGUACGCACUUUCUGCGUUCCUUGCAUGCCUCGGUGGAGAGCCGGUUUUGUUGCCCGUUUAUUCACGAAGCUGGAUCGAGUAUGCAAAAGAGGAAAGGGACUUUCUGGUAUAGGAUUGCGAGCAUUGGACAUAGUUUUGAUUAAUCAAAUUCAACGCGAUCCUAGGCACUUCCUUUCCCUGGCACUGUUUCAGUUUUUGCUUGUCGACUGUCGUUCUCUCUACAAAAGGAGUGAACGCAAUUCUGUUCUGUAUUUAUUGAAUUUUAUGUGGUUAUUUAUAUCAUAUGCAAGAUGAACGAAAAAAUAUUCUAAAAUAUCGCAUGGUUGAUACGAAAAAAAAAAAAGAAACCAUUGACAAUAAAACUCGUUUUGCAUUUCUUUUA